AUGGCAACAUCCCAAUUCACAAGUCCCCUAGCCGUGGACACUAUCCAAACACCCCGGCGCAAAACCCUCAGCACUCCACCCGAUACCCCGGUAUACCAAUCAGACCAUGAAUCGCCCGCCCCGAAGAAGAAGAAUGGCCAAAAGCCUAUAGUUGAGUUCCCAUAUGACUUGGAAGUCGUGCGCGACAGCGACGGCGCAUCUGUCGAGUUUGGGCGCGGGGUAUGGAGCAAAGUCUACAAAGCGACUUCGAGUAUGUCUACCGGGAGACCGAUGAUGAUGACGCCACCUUCGUCGCCAACUAUAUCGACGUCAACAAAGAGCAGCCGCGUUGUCGCAGUCAAAGCUCCGCUAAGGCGCGAUGCGCAUCCAAUUCUGCGUGCGGAAGCGCACAUCCUCAGCCGGAUUGCCUCUACUUCUGGCGCCGACGAGGAAAGGGAUUACGUAGUGCCCUUUUUCGGGUACAUACCCUCAUCGAACGCGCUCGUCCUCCAGGCCCUCCCACUCUCCUUAUCGACACACAUCGAGACAUGCGCCGACUACGCACGCAAGCAUUUCUCGACGAGAACAAUGUUUGAUCCCGUCACGCCUCAUUGGCGCGAGCUAGCGACGCAAUUGAUCAAAGGGCUUGACUGGCUACAUACCGAAAUUGACGUAGUGCAUGGCGAUAUUAAGCCGCACAAUAUUCUCCUCAGACCACGCCAAACUCUUACCUCCAGUGAGGAGGCAGGGGCAGGGGUUGAGAUGGAGUAUGAGGCUCUAUACGCUGACUUCUCAUCGGCGCACUUCAUCUCAUCCGCCAACACAGAAGAAUGUGCGACAGGAGAAGGCGCUUUAACACCCCCAUUCGCAGCCCCCGAGCUUCUUACCCUCAACGCAAUGAAAUCCUCCGCACCACUCUCAACGCCCGCUUCAGACGUAUUUGCGCUUGCGCUCACGCUGCUGGCCGCUGCGACGGGCGAUGUGCUCGUCUACAGCGGCACAACAAGCGCAAUGCAACGACUCGCAAUGUCUCGCGAAGGAUGGCGCGCAUUGGAUUACGUGCGCAGUGGCGCGAAUGCGUCGAGACUAGGAAGGGGGAGAGAUGGGUUUGUGGGGAGGGUUAUCCAAGGCGGGAUUGUGAGGGAGGUUGAGGAGAGGGUUACGGCGCGGGAGUGGUUGGACAUGUUUGUUUGA